AUGCUCACUCGGCAAUCCCGUUUCCUUCGAACCAUUCCUUCUUCUGCCCCUCCAGCAUCCCGACUCGUAUCCUCUCCCUCAUUCUUGCAAACCAGACAGAAAUCAACCGACCGAUCGUCGUCUAGUCGAAUCCAUACUUCAUCCACUCAAAAUGCCUCUAACAAGCUAUCUCCCAGAGACAAGGGUAUCAGCGUAGAAGCCAAAGAUCGAGUAAGGGCUCAUUUCCGAAACUUGCAAUCGAGCGCCGUUUCCGGUGCAUCACCAGCUGUGAGACCUGCUCCAGCUCAACAUUUCCAACCCCCUGCUCCUGCUCAAACCAUCCCUAAAUCUACCCCAACUUUUGAGAGUGAAAAUGGUCCCCAAAUAAAGAACGGACUUGAUUACUCCUUCGUUGGCCUUUCGGGUGGACAAAUCUUCCACGAGAUGAUGCUUCGACACGAUGUCAAAAAGGUAUUCGGUUACCCAGGUGGUGCUAUCUUACCCGUCUUCGAUGCCAUUUACAACUCACCUCAUUUCGACUUUGUCCUCCCCCGUCAUGAGCAAGGUGCUGGUCACAUGGCUGAGGGUUAUGCAAGAGUUUCUGGAAAACCCGGUGUUGUUCUCGUUACUUCUGGUCCUGGAGCAACGAAUGUCGUCACACCCAUGCAAGAUGCUCUUUCAGAUGGUUUACCGAUGAUUGUUUUCUGUGGUCAGGUAGCUACGAAUUUGAUUGGUUCAGAUUCAUUCCAAGAAGCGGAUAUGGUUGGAAUAUCAAGAAGUUGUACAAAAUGGAAUGUGAUGGUCAAGGAUAUUGCCGAACUUCCAAGGAGAAUCAACGAGGCUUUCAAAAUCGCUACCACUGGUCGACCUGGUCCCGUUCUCGUCGAUUUACCAAAAGAUGUCACAGCCGCUAUUCUUAGAACACCUAUCCCUGCUAAAUCAGCUCAACCUGGAUCUUCCCCUUACCUCCCUUCCAACCCCCUCAACCCUGCUAACGCAUCGUCACCUAUCCCUGGAGAGCCAUCUCUCAUCUCAGCUGCAGCAAAAAUGAUCAAUAAUGCCAAGCGACCAAUCAUUUUCGCUGGUGCUGGUGUUCUUGCUUCUCCUGAAGGACCCAAACUUCUGAAACAACUUUCUAAUAACGGUUCGAUCCCUGUGACAACUACUCUACAAGGUCUCGGUAUAUACGAUGAAAGAGAUGAGAAGGCCCUCCACAUGAUCGGUAUGCAUGGUUCGGCUUAUGCCAACUUUGCAAUUCAGGAAGCCGAUGUUGUUAUCGCUCUUGGUAUCAGAUUCGAUGAUCGAGUGACAGGAAAGGUAGAUACCUUUGCACCUGCUGCUCAAGCUGCUGCUCUUGAAGGUACAGGUGGUAUCAUUCACUUUGAAAUUCAACCCAAGAACAUCAACAAGAUCAUAGAGGCCCACCUCCCUGUUCUCGGUGAUGUUGUCGCUUCUCUUGACAAACUUGUACCUCAAAUUGAAGAUGUUGACCGAUCAGCUUGGAUUGCCCGAUGCAAAGCCAACAAAGAGCGGUACCCAUUCACUUUCGUCCCCAGUCAAGAUGGACAAAAGAUGAAACCUCAAGAAGUUGUACAAGAACUCGAUCGACAGGCCGAGAUUCUGGGAAAGGAGAAUGUCAUCAUUUCUACUGGUGUCGGACAACAUCAAAUGUGGGCAUGUCAAUAUUAUCGAUGGACUGAACCUAGAUCAUGGGUGUCUUCAGGCGGUUUAGGAACAAUGGGUUUCGGUUUACCUUCUGCUAUCGGAGCUAAAGUAGCCGCACCUGAGAAGAUUGUAGUAGAUAUCGAUGGUGACGCUUCAUUCUCCAUGACUGCUAUGGAAUUAGCCACUGCUAGUCAAUUCAACAUCGGUGUCAAGGUUCUUCUUUUCAACAAUGAGUUCCAAGGUAUGGUUGAACAAUGGCAAGAUUUAUUCUACGAGAACAGAUAUUCACACACAAGAAUGACCAACCCUGAUUUCAUCAAAUUGUCAGAAUCGAUGGGAGCAAAGGCUUUACGAUGUACAACUAUCAAAGAUUUACCAGCAAUGAUGAAGGAGUUCUUGGAAUAUGACGGUACAAGACCUAUUGUCAUGGAGUGUCUCGUUUCAAGUGAACACGUUUAUCCUAUGGUUCCUGCUGGAAAAGCUCUACAUGAGCAGAUUCUUCACCCUCUCCUUCGAACAAAGUCAAAUUAA